UUGAAAAUUGUGCAGUGUUUUGACACAAACUGCGUACCAUACAAGGUCAACUUUAUAGAUCUCGAGUAGGUAACAUGGCAUAAUCUACAAGCGAGCAUUUGCUGGAUUUUGAAGGACAAGUGAUCGAUUUCUCGUGUCACUAUGUUGUAAUGAUGGAUUACUCAAUAAGAAAUUUGUCUAAGGAUGAGAGGGAUUCCGAAUUUGCCAGUAGAAUGAUGAUAAGAGCUGCCUGUGGAUCUUUUGAAGCGUUAUAUUCCAGUAGCAGUUUAAAGACCAUCCUUGACUUUUACGCUGCCGUAUAUAGAUGUCAGACAAAUGUCUUUCGGAAGAACGUGUUUGUACUAAAUGCGGGAAAGGAAAACGUUGGAUUUGCUGAAGUUCAUUUUGAGGACAGCGCUAAAGAGAUACCAGAUUUGAAAGAUUUUAUAAAGACAUUUGGAAUAAAAGAUGUGUGCAAGCUUUUGCUGUUUAAAAGAGUAUUUGUCUUUCCAAUACCUCGUUCCGAAGCGUAUCUACAUUUCUUAGCCGUAGAAGAAAAGUUCAAAGGUCAAGGUUAUGGCACAGCUUUGCUCAAGAAGGUCGAGAAAGAAGCUGUGUCUAGACAAUGUAAUAAAAUAUUUUUACUGACAUUUUCAUCAAAUACACGAGCGAUAAAAUUUUAUGAGCGACACGGAUACAGGGCUGCUGGAAAACCCCGUACUGGAUACGGAUUGUUCCCUAUCCUUGUCAAUAAACCGGGUAUCAUUCGAUACGAAAAGCAGUUGUCAUUGUAGUGAAUACAUAUUAACUACAUGUACAUGAUAUCAGAGGCUUAAAUAUAUAUCUUUGUUUUCUCGACAUCUUAAUUCAUAUCAACAAAAUUGUACUGUGUACGCUAGAUAGAAUCAUUUUACUUGACAAUUAUAUAUUUAUGUAUAUUUAUAAUACAUUAUAUAUUAUUUAAUAUGUAUAAUAUAUUACAUAAUCAUUAUAUUAAUAUGGUAAAUAUUUAAGAUGUAAAUAUUUACAUCAAUGAAUUUAAAUUUUUGAAUAAUAUUUAAGGGAAAUAUUAGCCAGAAAUUGCUCAACAUUGAAACAAAGUGUAUAAUAUGAAAUAAAGAUGCACACGUACAUACAGUCAUAAUGUUUUAGAUUUCUAUUAACAUCGUAAAGAAACUAAUAAAUGUUCCUGAAGCUACCAUAUACUGGAAUAUUUCAACGAAAAAAAUCAAAUGUUUGAAAUAAAAAGAAAGGUUUUUAA